UGGGCGUGAAGCCAUCUCGCAGCGCCAUUACACUUCAGGGCAAAGGGGUUAAGAAGCCGGCAUGGCGCUCAGGUCAAUAAAAUCGAUAGCUGGAACCUGCCUGUGUUCUAGGCAAAGGCGAUGCAGUAGCCGCGCCGCCAUUUUCCCCGAAGGCAUCUUCCGGUGCCUUUCACCCAAGUUGGAGCAGGAGUUUCCUGGAUAACGGAGCGGUUCUGACAGCCCCUGGGGCGGCCGAUCCUGCCCCUGUGGGCCUCCCCGACCACACGCCGGCCGAGCGGCUCGGGGCUCCUGGAUCCGGGGUCGCCAGCGCCCGGGGAGGCCGCGAGGGGAGGCAGUGGGGCAAGUGGGGCAGGCCCGGCAGGCCGGAUGGCGCUGCCUUCCGCGCCGCUCCCCGCGCGGGCACCCGGAGAGGCCGGACCUGGUCGGCGAAAGGGAAGGAGAGCCAGGGCCUUGAAGUUCACGGACGUGGCCGUGUACUUCUCCUCCGAGGAGUGGGGGUGUCUGCGGCCGGCGCAGAGGACUCUGUACCGGGACGUGAUGCGGGAGACCUACGGCCACCUGGGCGCGCUCGGAUGCGCAGGUCCCAAGCCAGCUCUCAUCUCGUGGUUGGAAAGAAACACCGAUGAUUGGGAACCCGCUGCCCUAGAUCCCCAGGAGUACCGGAGAUGGGUAACGUUCCAGAGAAAAACCAAAGCCAGACAGAAGAAGGGCGAGAAGGAAGUAUUCCCGCCUAAGGAAGCACCCCGAAAGGGGAAAAGAGGGCGGCGGCCCAGCAAACCCCGGCUGAUCCCCAGGCAGACGUCUGGGGGCCCCAUCUGCCCUGACUGUGGCUGCACCUUCCCUGACCACCUGGCUCUGCAGAGCCACAAGUGUGCCCAGAAUCUGAAAAAACCUUACCCUUGUCCUGACUGUGGGCGCCGCUUUUCCUACCCUUCCCUGUUGGUCAGUCACCGGCGGGCGCACUCGGGCGAGUGCCCUUACGUUUGUGACCAGUGCGGCAAACGUUUUUCCCAGCGGAAGAACCUCUCCCAGCACCAGGUCAUACACACGGGCGAGAAGCCCUACCAUUGUCCUGACUGCGGCCGCUGCUUCCGUCGCAGCCGGUCCUUGGCCAAUCACCGGACCACACAUACGGGCGAGAAACCACACCAGUGCCCUAGUUGUGGGCGGCGCUUUGCCUACCCAUCCCUGCUCGCCAUCCACCAGCGCACGCACACGGGAGAGAAGCCCUACACUUGCCUAGAGUGCAACCGCCGCUUCCGCCAGCGCACUGCCCUGGUCAUCCAUCAGCGCAUCCACACCGGGGAGAAGCCCUACCCUUGUCCGGACUGUGAGCGGCGCUUCUCUUCUUCCUCUCGUUUGGUUAGCCACCGGCGGGUGCACUCUGGCGAGCGGCCCUAUGCCUGUGAGCACUGUGAGGCCCGAUUCUCCCAGCGCAGCACCCUGCUGCAGCACCAACUCUUGCACACAGGGGAGAAGCCCUACCCCUGCCCCGAUUGCGGACGUGCCUUCCGGAGGAGUGGCUCCUUAGCCAUACAUCGCAGUACGCACACUGAGGAGAAGUUGCACGCGUGUGAGGACUGUGGCCGCCGCUUUGCAUACCCCUCACUGCUGGCCAGUCACCGGCGUGUGCACUCAGGCGAGCGGCCCUAUGCCUGUGACCUCUGCUCCAAACGCUUUGCCCAGUGGAGCCACCUGGCUCAGCAUCAGCUUCUGCACACCGGGGAGAAGCCUUUCCCCUGCCUUGAGUGCGGCCGAUGCUUUCGCCAGAGGUGGUCUCUGGCUGUUCACAAAUGCAUCCCCGGCGCCCCAAACUGUAACCCUAGAUCUGGUUUAGGGGGGUCCAGCCAGAGGAGCAGUGUUCUUUAGCAUGAAAAGGACUAUGAACAUUUAUUUUAUUGGAGGCGUCCAGAAACUGCAAAAAGCUGCCCGAGGUCAUACAGAGCAGUCAGAACUAAAGCUCAGGUCUGCUCCACACACCUGAACUUCAGUACUCCAUCACACUGGCUUGCCAACCUGUGCAUGUCUAGAACCUCCCAGCAGGAGAGGUGACAUCACUUGAUUAAAGUUUUCCAAGUUAAUCAA